AUGGAUCAACUCAAGGGCGCACUCGGCAGCUUUGGUGGCGGCAACAACCAAAACCAAGGACAGCAACAACAAGGAGGCCAACAGAGCAGCUCUGGUGGCGGUGGCUUCCUUGAUGGCAUCGGUAACAAACUGAACGCUGCUGCUGGCGGUGGUCCGGAGAGUGAGAAGAACGAGGACUAUCUUGACAAGGGUGUCGACUUUGUCCAGGAGAAAUUCUUGGGUCAAGGCCCACAGAACAACGAGAGUGCUGCUGAGCAAGCCAAGGACGAGCAAAUCAGUGACUUCAUCCGUGGUCAAUACAAAACCCAGACUGGCAAGGACUUCUUCGUCAAGGACAAAGACACCACUUUCUCUAAGGAUUAG